UUAGUAUAGUAAUAAGUAUAUCAUUAACUUCUCUAGAACAGAAAUGUUGAAAGUCAUACGUAACCUUGGAGAAAACACUUGCUCUCGCUCAAAGUUAAGAUAAUCCAAAUUAUUUGCUCCACAUCACUAAAAACACACAAGAUAAAUGUUAUUGCUCGUAACACAAACGAAAAAGAACACAUAAACUUGGCUCUUCAACCUAAACGAUUGUGCGAAUAGGAAGAUGCGCAGAAUGUUCCGCAUCGAAAGGGAAACUGCGUACCAGAUCAUGUUCAGCAUUCUGGCACUGAUUAAUUUAGUGCCAACAGGAAUGACAGUCGGAUAUUCAGCUAUUUCCCUACCUUAUUUAAACAAUACAAUGGAUAUUAAUCUAACAGAUCAGCAAUCAAGAUUAUUUACAUCAAUUCCAUCAAUAUUUAUGCUAUUUGGUUGCAUAACAAGCAUCUAUACCCUAACCCUUGGAAGAAGACUAGCAAUUUCAAUCGGAAGUUUAACCAACAUUUUAGGGUGGACGCUUAUAGCUUCAAGCUACAAUGUGUCUCAAUUAUUGUCAGGCAGAGUAGUUGCAGGAUUUGCAAUGGGAUUGUGCACCGUUCCAGGAGUAGCUUACAUAUCAGAGAUAACGACCAUCAAACUUGCACCAACUCUCAAUUCUUGCUCGAGUCUCUUUAUUUCCUUGGGAAUGUUGUUGAUAUAUUUUCUCGGCUAUGUUAUCGAGGAAAAGUGGAGAAUUGUGGCUGGUUGUUCAGUCCUUGUCUCAGUGAUAUCAACACUAUCAGCAACUCUUUUUCUUCCUGAAAGUCCCAGAUGGCUCCUCAUCAAAAAUCAGGAGGAGAAGGCCAGAAAAUCCCUCCGACGUCUUCGUGGACUGAAAACCGAAACUGAAGCAUUUCAGACCGAAUUUAUCAAUAUGGUUGAGUACAACAAGUGUGGCGAAAAAGGAACUAGGGAUAAGGAUAAUUCAGUAAUGAAUAUCCAAGACUCAGGAUUGGGUCAAAAUGUAAACAAAUCAGUUUUUCAAAAAUUGUGGCUGAAUUUUCGGUUUCUAGUCUCGAUUAUGAAACUUCCGGAAGUCUGGAAGCCAUUUUUAAUCCUUAAUAGUUUCUUCUUCUUUCAACAAUUUUGUGGAAUCUAUGUAAUUAGUGCUUAUGCUGUGAAAGUCAUCACGAGUGCUGGAAUUACUCAGAAUGCUCUUUUGGUGACUGUGAUAAUUGGAAUCCUUCAAAUUUCUGGUGAAUUGGCACAAAUUUUGAGCAGCUCCAGUUUGGGUAGAAGAAGGACUGCCAUAAUCUCUGGAGUGGGAAUGACAAUUUCUAUCACAACCCUUGGAGCCUAUAAUCAAUUUUUGUCCGAUAGCAAUCUCUCAGAGAUUCCAUUGACCUCCAUUUUGAUAUUUGUGGAUUCUGUAUUUUGGAAUUUAGGAUUUGGUACUUUAAAAUAUCCCUUCUGGAAGUAA